AUGCUCGCCUCGGGAUUCACGAACGCUCCCGUGUCCAGACUUCUAGUCAUCGCCGUUGUCGUAACCUCCUUCCUCGCCAGCCUUACCGAUACGAAGGUCUUCCUGUGGAUCGAAGUCCGGCCACAUCUCCUGGAUUACUGGCAGUAUUGGAGAUUGCUCACAUGGCAAUUAUGCUACACCAACAGCACUGAGGUUCUCUUCGCGGCAAUGACAAUAUACAACCUGCGUGUGAUUGAACGGCUCUGGGGUAGCAGAAAGUUUGCCUCUUUCAUUGCAUCUACUUACAUUUACAACACUCUCAUCCCACCGAUACUGCUGGCGACCAUCAUCAGGCCGCUGAGCUUUGGACGCAUCAACUACCUCCCUGCAGGUCCGACUCCAUUAGUCUUUGCACUCCUCGCGCAAUACCACGCAGCAAUCCCAUACAUCUACAAGUACCGCAUCUCAGCAUCUACGCCUACCGGAACUUCCGCAGACCAGGACUAUGGGUUCAUGCUCACGUCGAAGGCAACAUCGUACCUGAUACCCAUGCAAUUGGCACUCUCCCAGCUGCCAGGCUCUGCAAUCUCGGCAGGCAUUGGCUGGAUUGUUGGUUUCGCGUAUAGGAGGGAGAUACUGCCAGGUGCAACGAGAUGGCGUCUUCCAGCUUGGGUCAUUGGUGGCAACGAACAGAAAGAGCGUUACGAUUAUCUCAGACGACGGAUGGAGGGUGAGGCUGGAAGAGCUACUGGCGUGGACACCAAUAGGGAGGAUGUGAGAAGAAGAGGUGUGCUUGGUGGUCUGGCAGAUCAGUUCAGAGGGGCGUCAUAA